ACUUGCAUAUUAUUCAAUCUUAUGCAAUCUUCUCAAGUACAAUACGGUCGACGUCUACAUUAAGAUAAAACAGUUAUCGUUUGCUCCCGGAUUUCAAUUACCGAUUAAUAACGUUACACCUCCCCAUCUACAGGGUGAUUUAUAAGCUACUAUUACUUAGACAGCUACGUACAUGUUUUUAUUGAAUGAAAGCGAGUGUUGACGCACUAACGCAUCGUAAAAGAUAUUAACCUGUCAGUUGCAAAUAUUAUUAUAAUGUUUUUGCUUGUACAUGUUACAAAAACGAGCUUGUUUAUUGGACAAAAUAAUAAUUUGUUCAGUUGCAUUUUAUUUAUAUUUAUUCGGUGCGCGACGUAACCAUGAAAGAAAAUGGUUUUACAAAUGGCGAUGAGUAUAUAGAAUCUACUGAAACUGAGGGAAAUAUUUUCCAAUAUAUUUGCCGAGAGAUGGUAGAGAGCUUUUGAAGAUUGUGCAAUCUAUGCGAUACAGAGAUGUAUUGUUUCAGUACGACGUCUAUGGUAGACAAGUUACUCAUGCUGCGUACCACGUGGCCUGCAAGGUUGAAGAUUUGAGGAUGAUGGAGCUUUUGAGGAGCAAUGGCGUGGAGUGCGACGAACCUGAAGAAAUUCUUGACCUGACUUUGGGGUAAUCAGUGACAUUCUGCGGGGGAGUGUAACGUCAUUUUGAAUGAUAACUCAUGACCUAUUAAUAAAUCUGUUAUCAUACACCCGCUCAUAUUUCACGAGCUAGCAUGAAAGUCAGUCGUGUUCUAGCAGUUUAAUUAUAAACUCGAAAUGUAUCGACGAGGGAUAGCCAUGACCGGGUCCAGAAACGAAGAAGGAGAAAAUUUGGCGCAUUAUUUAUGUCGUAUUGGAGACGCAAGCCAUCUAAUGUUUCUUCAUGACCUAAUAAAUGAUGGCAAUAGACACUGCCUGUUGGAAUACAAUGAAAAGCAGCAACAAUGUGUUCAUAUUGUUGCUAUGGAACCUCUAGACGCUGUGGAGAAGAUGAAGCUUUUGGCGCUUUGGGGUGCGGACCUAAAUGCGAAAGAACUAAACAAUGGCGACACUCCUUUGCAUAUUGCAGUGAAGAUAAGGAAUUAUGAGCUGGUGGAAUGGUUGUGCCAGCAGCCUAAUAUUAACCGGGAAGCUAUGAACAAAGAAUGUAUGACACCAUAUCAUUUUGCAUUUGUAAACAAAGACCAGAAAAUGAUGGACCUGCUGAAGAAAAAUGGAGCAAAGUGCAAAAUCCCUUUGCAAUCAGAGUCUAAUUCUGCGGAUGAAGACUAUGAGCCGCAGAACAAGAGUGUGAAGCAUAUGUGACAUUUUUAAAGUAUAGUGUUAUUUGAUUUAAGUUUAUAUGUAAGUAUUUCAUAAUCUAAUUGAUAAGAAUAUUUAUUUGCUAUGUGAACAAACUUUAACUGUUAGAUAAUUUAUCAAAUUUUUUACUGAGUCACUAGAGCACUUUGGCAAUGAUUUAUAACCGUUGGAAUGUAAACACUGAUUGACGUCAGCACACGCACCGAAAUUUGAAAGACGUGUUUAUUUUUGCCAGCGGUCAUCGUACUUGUCACUUUCCAAAGAAAAAAUAGUCUUCUUUUUCAAAUUUAUAAGUACGAAUUAGUUCUAAUGGUUUUGAAAAGCUAAUAUGUUAAAAAAAAUACAGACUAAUUAUGCAAAUUUAAAAUAUGCAAAUUUUAAAUAAUUUGAAACUAUUGUCAAGUCUAUAUAGUUCAUUAUCAUGUAUAAAGAUAUACAUAUAACUGGUUUAUUGACUUUAAUGCGUUAUGUAAGAAGAAAUAGGUCAUGGACAUAGUUAUAAAAUAACUAAGAUUUCUUCUUAAUGUAUUUAUGUUGUUAUUAUCUCAAGUUUUAAAAGCAUGUCUUUGUUUAAAAAACUUUGUAAGUGUAAUUACAUGUUAUCUUUAUUUAUUUUUUAUAUACUACAUAUACUUUCUUUGUAAAAUUUGUUGUGUAUUUUUGUUCAUACUUCUAAAAGCUAUAAGAAUGUACCAUCUGUUCAAAUAUAAUUCAUCUUUAAAACUCUCCUUUGCUGACAUUCAUGCACGAUUAAAAUUCACCUUAUACAAAGUAACAAAAGCGGUUCGUAGCUCGGUUUACUGGCUAAUUUAUAGCUUGGAUACUAUACUGAGGCCUAACCUUGUAGAGGACGAAAACUGAACGAAAGUCAUGCGGUCGUUGAUUCCUUUUGCCUGGAAUAUAAACAAACGUUGCACCAGAGUGACUUCAUUCUAUAAACAUUCGCCGUGGAAUACAUUCGGGAGAAGCAUAGUAACAAUGGACUACUUCAAUUGCAUCGUGCCAAGGGCCUGGGACUCUGUUCCUGAGUUUUUCGUCGACCUGCUUGUCCAUUUCUUCCUGGAAGACCAUUGGAAACGCUAUCACACUCUCUUCGGGCUAUCAUUGACCUACCAAGGUAUCUCGGCGGUUUCUACGGACUACCAGGAAGAUUUCGUAUGGUUCAAGAUUAUUGAUGACAAUGAAGAUCAUCCAAACCAUGAGAAGUACAUGACUAUUGAAGUUGCCAAGAUCCAGUGAUCUCACAUGUGAAGUGUCCAGUGCUAGUGUUAGAGUUAAGAAUUUCUCCAAUUGUAAAAGUCCUAGUCCUAAGUAAGUUAAGUUUAAUUUUAAGUGGUGAUGGUCUUACUUAAAUUUUCUUAUAAGAAUUUUCCUGUUGUUUUCCUUCAAUCUUUUGAUGCGCACCUUCAGAAAAUCUCUAAAAAAAUUAACUUUGCUAAGUCUCUAACUUUUGAGUUCGAAACACUUCCUUGAUACGUGUUUUUUUAAUAAAGUUCUGAUAACAUGAGUUGUAUUUUGUAUACAGUGCGGAAAAAUCGAAUGCCACAUGGAUGGCAACUACCUUAAAUAUUGUAAAUAGCACAUUUUGUGUAAGGGAGACUUUCCUUUGUUUUUAAAAACAAUAAAUACUGCAUUUAAGGAUUUAUGAAAAAUCGCUUGCCUCAGUCGGGACUCGAACCGGUCAAAUGUGACAAAAAAUAAUGUGCUGUAUUUUAUGAUGCAGAUUGAAAGGGUUACUGAUAAAGUUCAUUUUUCUCUAAAUAACAAAUACAAUCAGAAUAACGGAAAGCCAUGAAAAUUGUAAACGAAAAAUUAAAACACACAAUAUAAAACAAUAUUCAUUUAAUAACCUUACUAAAACCUUGCUAACUAAAGUAGUUGUUCAAAAUGAGCCCCGUUUCGGCGUCUGCAUACAUUUAAUCUUUUGAGGAAUUGACUUUUCGUAGCUCGUUGCAGUGAAUUGUGGUGAAUAUUAGUAAUAGCUGCAUGGACUUCGGUUUUCAAUUCGCAUACGUUUUCGUAAGUUCUUUUAUAAAUAACAUCCUUCACGUAUCCUCACAAAAAGUAGUCCAAUGGUGUUAGAUCCGGAGAUCUGGCCGGCCAUUUAAUAUUCCCUUUUGUACCGAUCCAUGUCUGGAAAUGGUUAUUUAGAUAUGUAGUCGAUAACCUGCUGUUAUG